AUGGGAGAAACAGAUGCACUGAAGCUCAUGGGAGUGGUAUCAAAAGAUAAUAAAGGUGAUGCGAGAGUAACAAGUAUCAGCUUGUUAAAGGCACAAGCAAUGCAUGUAACGGUCUUAGCGCCGUUGAUUGAGAAUAAGAUCGUAAUAGUGAAUGCAUCUGCGCUGAUUCACAAAGCGAUACACGCAACCACUUCUGGUCAAUACUUAAAGACGCUUGAAAUCGCAGGUAUAUAUGUGCACAAAAAUGGAGGCUACACUGACAUUGUAGAGAAGAAUAAAAUGUCGACGUUUAAGCAGUUUGAUGACGUGUGCACUAAGACAUUAGGUUGUGCGUCCGUUUAUUUCGUUUUAGAUGGUGGAGUUCCACCGGCCAAACAGCAAGAGAAACAAAGGCGUCGGGAGGAAGCUGAGACUGCGUGGCAAGAGUGGCUUGCUUUAUAUAAGAUAUGGCAUGGCUCGAGCUCGAAGGCCCUUGUUGUUAGCGGCUAG